UUGUGAGGACUCUUGGAAGAAUGUGCCUGGUUCUUUUGUACUGCCUGCUAUGGAGUUUCCACAUCUCUACUGGCCAUUUCCCUCGUGCCUGUGUGUCUUCCAAGAACCUUAUGGAGAAGGAAUGCUGCCCCCUCUGGAGUGGGGAUGGAAGCCCCUGUGGCCAGCUUUCAGGGAGGGGUUCCUGUCAGGAUGUCGUUCUGUCCAGUGCACCUCUUGGGCCCCAGUUUCCCUUCACAGGAGUGGAUGACCGGGAGUCUUGGCCCUCUGUCUUUUACAACAGGACCUGCCAGUGUUCUAGCAACUUCAUGGGAUUUGACUGCGGUAGCUGUAGAUUUGGCUUUGGGGGACCAAACUGUGCAGAGAGGAGACUCUUGGUAAGAAAAAACAUCUUUGAUUUGAGUGUUCCAGAGAAAGAUCGAUUCCUUGCCUACCUCAAUUUAGCUAAGAAUACUAUCAGUCCAGACUAUGUCAUUCCUACAGGAACCUCUGGUCAAAUGAACAAUGGAUCAACACCUAUGUUUAGUGAUAUCAGCAUUUAUGACCUCUUUGUGUGGAUGCAUUAUUACGUGUCCAGAGACACACUGCUUGGAGGGUCUGAAGUCUGGAGUAACAUUGAUUUUGCUCAUGAAGCACCAGGCUUCUUGCCUUGGCACAGACUCUUCUUGCUGCUAUGGGAAAAAGAAAUCCAGAGGCUGACAGGAGAUGAUAACUUCACCAUUCCAUACUGGGACUGGAGGGAUGCAAAGGACUGUGCCAUUUGCACAGAUGAAUACAUGGGAGCACGCCAUCCAGCAAACCCUAAUCUGCUCAGUCCAGGAUCCUUCUUCUCUUCCUGGCAGAUCAUCUGCAGCCGGCUGGAGGAGUACAACAGCCGCCAGGCUUUAUGCGAUGGAACCCCCGAGGGACCAUUACUGAGAAAUCCUGGGAACAACGACAAGGCCAGGACCCCGAGGCUCCCAUCCUCAGCUGAUGUGGAAUUUUGCCUGAGUUUGACCAACUAUGACUCUGGCCCCAUGGAUAAAUCUGCCAAUUUCAGCUUUAGAAAUACACUGGAAGGAUUUGCUAGUCCACUUACUGGGAUAGCCGAUGCCUCUCAAAGCAGCUUGCAUAAUGCCUUGCACAUCUAUAUGAAUGGAACGAUGUCCCAGGUACAAGGAUCUGCCAAUGAUCCCAUCUUUCUUCUUCACCAUGCAUUUGUUGACAGUAUUUUUGAACAGUGGCUCCGAAAAUAUCGUCCUCUUCAAGAAGUUUACCCAGCAGCUAAUGCCCCCAUUGGACAUAACCGGGAAUCCUACAUGGUUCCUUUUAUACCUCUAUACAAGAAUGGUGACUUCUUUAUUUCAUCCAGAGAUUUGGGCUAUGACUAUAGCUAUCUACAAGAUUCAGUUCCAGAUUCCUUUGAAGACUACAUUAAGUCGUACUUGGAACAAGCCAGUCGGAUUUGGCAGUGGCUUCUUGGGGCCGCUAUCGUGGGGGCUCUUCUCACUGCUCUGCUGGGAGGCCUCACUUGUCUACUUUGUCGUCGUAGCAGAAAGCAGUUCUCUGAAGAAAAGCAGCCCCUUCUCAUGGAUAGGGGGGAUUAUCACAGCUUGCUGUCCCAGAGUCGUUUAUAA